ACUUACACAGCUGGAAUCCUGUCUAGAGCAGACGUGCCACUGAGACGCUAUAGUCUCAGUUCAAUUAUCCCCUGCUGGGUGUACACGGCGAAGAUGUGGUCUUUAUUGCUGACUGUGGGUAUUACGGUAUCCGCGCUGCAAAUUGGUGCCGCAAAACAAGGCACACGACAAGGUAAAAUGGUCGUAAUGUUCAAUGACGGAAAGUGGAGUUAUGUUUGUAUGAAUGACGUCGAUGGCGCUGACGCACUCCCAAGAGAGCCUAGGAUACCGUGCCGAUGGAUAGAUGUAACUAAAGGCAACUACGAGACCUCCGUAUUCAACACCGACGAUAUAGAUGAGCAUAGCUUCCAAUAUGUCUUUGGACACAAAGAAGGAAAAAAUAAGCACAAACGCGACAACAAUAACCCACACCUUGCCAGGGGACAUCCUGCAACCCAGCAACGUAAAACUCGUCACAAACCAAAACCAAACCCUGAUCCAAACAAAACUCAAACAGUUCCUCUGAACCCCUGUGACCCAAAUCCGUGUCCCAGAGACGCCAAAGGUAAUCCGGUACAUUGUCAUGUGAAACCUAAAGAGGGGACUUACGAAUGUAGAUUACCAAAAGACAUGUGCGCUAUAGAUGGAGAACUCUUGAAACUGAACGAGAAGAGAGUAAUUGGGUGCAAAACUUGUAUAUGUCUUAAUCCGCAUAUGAAAGAGCCGUUCUGUAUUAAUACGCACUCGUGUCAGUUUUGGACCCUGGAUAUGAUUCCACCUGGGUGUCAGCUUAUCACACCUCCUGGGAAAUGUUGUCAGGAACUAGACUGUAGCGGGUCUGGGGCUGCCAAUGUUGUAUCAACCACGACAGUCCCUACGACGCCAUCUAUCGUCACGAGUACAAUGGCUCCCAAGAAUCCAUGUGACCCAAACCCAUGCCCCAAAGACCCUCAUGGCAACCCGGUACAUUGUCAUUUAAAACCUAAAGAGAGGACGUACGAGUGUAGAAUACCAAAGGACACGUGUAUUGUUGAUGGGUGGCUCUUGGCACGGGACAAAAAGAUGGUGAUUGGGUGCAAGUCUUGUGUUUGCCGUCUUCCACACAUCAAAGAACCAGUCUGUAGUAGCAUAUGUCCACCAUGGUCUCCACAUAUGAUUCCACCUGGCUGUCAGCUUAUCACACCUCCUGGGAAAUGUUGUCAGGAACUCGACUGUAGCGGGUCUGGGGCUGCCAAUGUUGUAUCAACCACGACAGUCCCCACGACGCCAUCUAUCGUCACGAGUACAAUGGCUCCCAAGAAUCCAUGUGACCCAAACCCAUGCCCCAAAGACCCUCAUGGCAACCCGGUACAUUGUCAUUUAAAACCUAAAGAGAGGACGUACGAGUGUAGAAUACCAAAGGGUAAGUGA